UCCCACCUGAACGGCCCGAUGGCAGCCUCCCAGCUGGCAGCCCUGGAAGGAAUGGAGUCAGGGGCCGGGCAGCUGCCCCUGACCGAGGCCACUCCCAGCUUCCUGUAUUCCGAGGGCCAGAGGCUGGCGCUGGAGGCCCUGCUGAGCCAGGGCGCAGAGGCGUUUGAGGCCUGCGUGCAGCGCGAGGGGCUGCGGCCCUUCCUGAGUGGAGAUGAGCUCCGGGGCCUGGUGGCAACGGCUGAGGACUGGACAGCAGCGAAGCAGGAGCCUAGCAGGGCAGCAGAGGGAGCCACCGCCACCGAUGGGGACUUGGGCAGCCUGACCUACUGGCCUGGACACUCAGAGGAGCCGGUGCCCAUGCUGCGGCUGGGCUGGCCGGAGGACUCAGCAUGGAAGGGUAUCACCCGGGCACAGCUGUACACCCAGCCACCCGGCGAGGGCCAACCGUCCCUCAAGGAGCUGGUGCGCCAGGAAAUCCAGGCCGCCCACAAGCUGGUGGCCGUGGUCAUGGACAUCUUCACUGACCCAGACCUGCUUUCGGACCUGGUGGAUGCUGCCACACGCCGCUGGGUGCCCGUCUACCUGCUCCUGGACCGUCAGCAGCUGCCUGCCUUCCUGACGCUGGCCCAGCAACUGGGGGUGAACCCCUGGGCCAUUGAGAACCUGGACAUCCGAGUCGUGCGGGGCUGCAGUUUCCAGAGCCGCUGGCGUCGGCAGGUGAGCGGCAACGUGCGGGAAAAGUUUGUGCUGCUGGACGGCGAGAGGGUCAUCUCAGGAUCCUACAGCUUCACAUGGAGUGACUCACGCCUGCACCGUGGUCUGGUGACCCUGCUGACCGGUGAGAUCGCCGAUGCCUUCAGCCGAGAGUUCCGGACACUCUAUGCGGCCUCCUGGCCGCUCCCGCCCGCGCCCACCCGGGGUCCCUUUGUCAGAGCCCUGGGGGGGCUGCAGCUGGCCUACAGCCCGCAUCGCGUGGCCCGCCGCUGCUCCGUGGCCCCGUCGCCGCCACCACUGCCUGAUGGCUCGCUGGCCCACCGCCUGGCCGCCUGCCGAGUCUUCGAGGGGGACAGACAGAAGACCCUGGCCAAGCCAGGGCCAGCUCUUAGCGACAUCCUGAGGAGUGUACAGCGUGCCCGGACCCCCAGUGGCCCCCUGGCCCAGCCCAGCCGCUCCCUAUGGGACCUGAGCCGCCUGUCCCAGCUGUCAGGCUCUAGUGACGGUGACAACGAGCUCAAGAAGUCCUGGGGCUCCAAGGACACCCCAGCCAAGGCCCUGAUGAGGCAGCGGGGCGCUGGAGGGGCCCCCGGUGGUGAGGCGGACUCCGGUCCACUGGCCCGCUUCCAGCCCCGGGGCGGCCCCUUGCCCCUCAUCCCUGCCCGCCGCCUCCACUAUCUGUCCCCGACCCGAAGGCAGUUUGGUGAAGAUGCUGCCUCCAAACUCCCAGAACCCAGAGGCGUCCGGCAGCCAGACCGGGCCGCCCAGCCAGGACUCAGGGGGUGGCGCUGACAGGAGCCAAAGCCACAUGGGGCUGGCCCCGUCCCAAGACAGUCAGACAACUGUCGCUCAAAGCCCCCUGCCUCACUGU